CCAGGCUAAUACUUCUAUAGAGUAAGUGCUGACUGUCCUAGAGACGGAUGGACCAGCGAGGAUGACAACCUGGGCGGAUUGAUCCUUCCCCAGCCUCCCAGUGCGAUGCCAGCAAGAGGCUGAAAGGAAACCCAGCAUUCUGCAGAGAAGUACCUUUUCUUCCUGGCCCUCACAUCGGCAGCUGAUCCCAGGGGCCCGGAGGAUGGAGCCAGGCUUGCUGAUGUGGGGAUUCUUUGUAUUCAUCGUUGUACCUGGCUGCGUGACAGAUGUUUGUCUUGAAGACCCACCGAGUCUCAGAAACGCCAUGUUCAAGGUCCUCAGGUAUGAGGUGGGCACCAUGAUAAACUGUGACUGCAAGAAAGGCUUCCGCAGAAGGUCGCCCUUCAUGCGCUGCACAGGAAACUCCAGCCACUCUGCCUGGGAAAACAGAUGCCACUGCGACAGCACCUCCUCCCCUAAGACUCCAGGAAAACAAGUUACUCCUGGACUCAAAGAUGAAGAAAAGACCACAGAAAUGCAGAGCCAAAUGCAGCCCACAGGCCAAGCUAACCUUCCAGGUCACUGCAAGGAGCCUCCACCAUGGGAACAUGAACGUGAACCUUUGAAGAGAAUUUACCAUUUCAUGGCGGGGCAGACAGUUUACUACCAGUGCACUCAGGGAUUCAGGGCCCUACAGGGAGGCCCUACCAAGAGCACCUGCAAGAUGAUCUAUGGGAACAUGAGGUGGACCCAGCCCAAGCUUGGGUGCAUAAGUGACAGGGAGAACAGUCAGUUUCCAGGUGAUGAAGAGCCUCAGGAGAGCACGGAUGCUCCCCCUGGCAGUGAAACGUCUUUUCCCUUAACAACGAGGAUGGCAGGUACCACAGAUUUCCAAACACCCACAGAAGUGGCUGCGACCAUGGAUACGUUCAUAUUUACAACCGAGUAUCAGAUCGCAGUGGCCGGCUGCAUCCUACUGCUCAUCAGCAUCUUCCUCCUGACCGGCCUCACCUGGCAGCAGAAAUGGAAGAAGAAAAGAAGGACAAUCUAGAAAACCAAGGGCAGUAAGAAGCCAAGAAGAACCCGCAGAUGUCAUGGACCACAAUCAAAAUCAAGGCAGCUGAACACUCAUCCAAGAGGCAUCUCCUGAUCCCAUGGGUUCUGGAAAGCUCUGAAGUCACAUCACAGGACACCAGGCACCUGCAACCCCAUCGUGAAGCCAGCUCUGUAGUAUCAACGAGCGAGCUUGACCUGCUCGUAGGCAGCAAGUCCAAGGUCACUGGAGGAACAGGGAGGAAAAAUCAGAACUCUUGGUCCCAUUUUCAUGUGUAUGUGUUCAUUAAAGCAUGACCGGCAUGGAACUCUCUCCAUGCCAUGUAUAAUACAAAGAAGAGUAGCCUCAUGCUAAGUUCAUCCCAACUUCCCAGUUUAGAAAUCCCAAGGAAAACCCUAGCACUAAUGUAAAUAGACACACACGCUCUCUACCCUAUGUAACUGGACCUUGUUCCUUGGUCCACAUAGGUCCUUUCCCAGCCUCUGGUUGACUACCCCAUUCUCCUGAUCACAUCCUUUAAUGAAUGCCCCCUAAGAACUCUGGACUGGUAACUAGGAAUGCUUUGGACCUUAGCUCAGUGCUCUAAACUAGCCCCCCUCCACUGAACCUUCAAUUCUGAGUUUCUAAAGAACAGAGUCCAUGGGGGAAUAGUCUUUGGGUAAUACCAAAAGAGGACAACCAAGCCCUUGGAACUGUAGAGCUUCAAUAUUUGAAAAGAUUUCACUGGAGUUAAUGUCGGGAGAAGGGGGAUAAGCUAGAUCCUAGGUAAUGGAUUAUUCCGGUCAAAAAGCUUCAGCUGUACAUGACUAAUGGGCCACUUCAAGAGUUAGUUUCUCUUGGAUUGCUAUAAAUGAUACUCUGUGUUUGGCCAGCACAAAUUUGAUGUUUACAGACAGACACACAAUGUGCAAAUGUGUACAUUUUCAAACAAGUGUCAUAAAAACACUGAUAAGGGAGCAAUACAUUCAAUGUUUAUGGAAGGAAAGAAAGAAGGAAG